AUGGGUUUUUUUUUUUCGGAAUACGCGCGGCAGGACGACGAAGGACGAAGCCCUGCACCACCAGACACCGGAGUGUAUGAGAGAGAAUGGGGUAAACGCGGGCAGACAGCGACGCGUGUGACGUGUCUGUCGUGGCGCGGGUCUCGCGCGGAAAUCACGUUCGCAAUCGCGGACGCCGCACUGAGCCCUGAAAACUGGGGAUGUCGUGAGCAGUUGUUUGGUGUUUGCUUACUUCCAUGUUGUGUACCACUUGGUUUUCUUUUCUCUCAGGCACAGUAUUACAGCUUAAUAGAACUCUUUCCCAUGCCACUUUCUCAAUCAACGUUGUUGGAGUUGUUGGAAGUAGCAUUUGGUUACUUCGAUACUUGA